ACAUCCAGGGUGACUUUUACAGCAGGCGUGUGUGUGUGUGCGGAUGUUGUGACAGUGUGUCUCCUUAUUUUUAUAUUAGUUCUGAUGGAUGUGUAUUAGAUAAUUUUGUGAGGAUUGCUGAGCGCGAUGGCGGCGUGGAGCUGCAGGUUUCUCCUCCAGCGCGGAUCUCGACUGGUUUCUUCUCGUGUCGCUGCUGAAAGUCCCGCCCAGCUGGUGUGUUGUGUCCGGACAGUGAAGACCACAACGUUCUUUGAAGAACAUCUCACAGAGGACAACCAGGAGUACAUGAGGAAGACUAUGGCAGAGGAGUACAGAAGACAGACGGCUGAAAAGCUCAACCCGUUGAAAGACGAGCCGUGGGAGCGACACGAGUGGACGGAAGGGAGUCGAAGAGUUGGAUUAGUUGCUGUGAAGCUGGGGAUGGCUCCGGUCUGGACGAAAACGGGAGAAAGACAUGUAGUCACCAUGUUGCAGGUGCAGGACUGCCACGUGCUGAAGUGCCUUUCCAAAGAAGAGCACGACGGACGCACCGCCGCCCUGGUCGUGGGAGGGAAGAACGUCUCGCCGUUCCAGAGGUCGGAGCAAAGCAUGGACAUGUUCAGGACGGCCGGCGUGCCCCCGAAACAGAAAGUCAGCGUCUUCGGCGUGUCCGACAACGCCCUCAUCAAGCCAGGCACGCCUCUAUAUGCGGCACAUUUCCGUCCGGGCCAGUACGUGGACAUCACAGCCAAAUCCAUUGGUAAAGGCUUUCAAGGAGUGAUGAAGCGGUGGGGGUUCAAAGGUCAGCCAGCCACUCACGGCCAAACCAAAACCCAUCGCAGACCCGGAGCCUCCGGACCUGGAGGGGACCCAGCCAAAGUCUUCAAAGGGAAGAAGAUGCCCGGCCAGAUGGGAAACGUCUACGUCACGGCUUACGGGCUGAAGGUGUGGAGGGUCAACACCAAGCACAACGUGCUCUACGUGAACGGCUCGGUCCCCGGCCACAGGAACUGCGUGCUGAAGGUGAGAGACACAAAACUCCCAACGAGGAAGUCCUCCCUGCUCAACCCUCCUUUCCCCACGUUCUUCACCGAGGACGAAUGUGACCUUGAGGAGGAUCUGUACGACGAAAACUUGUUCGUUCACACCGAGCCAUCGCUAACGCUGACCUGACUUCCUAACGAACGAUCGCACAAAACCCUCCGACUGCAUCUGGACCCUGUAAUAAAGAGCAAUUCCUAAGGUCGUCUUGAGCUUGCGUGUGUGUGAGAAAGAGCGAGCGAGAGAUCCGUAACAGCACCGAGUCUGUUUGAUCCAAACAGUUAUUACGGUCUCUCUCCUCUGAAACCAUGGUAACUGAAGGAGUGAUGUCGUCACUGGAGGAUCCCCGAGCAUAGAGAGAGCCAGAGGAGGGGAAAA